AGAUUCCAUAUUCUCUCCCAGAUAUUUGGCAAAAAAAAGAGAAAAAAGCUGCAUCUCCAUUUCACUCACACUCAUAUCUUAACUCUGUGUGUGAGUGUUAUGAAGAUUCAGUACAUUCCUUCCUAUUCAAGUUUCCAUCAAAUUAAACCCCAUAAAAACUAUCUAAUCAAUUCACCUUUAUGGACUAAAAGAUUUCAUCACACAAGAACUUCAACCCCACUUUACUGCUACAGACCCUAUAAGAGUUACUACAAUUAUGCAUAUAUAACAUGCCAACUGCAAGGAGAGCAUUCACCAGAUAAAAGAACUUCAAAAAAGGAGAUUAAAGGAGAUGAUCCCAUUAUUCCGAUUGCAGUUUCCGACACGAAGAAAAAGGGUACCAUAGCCGGUGCGGUUGCUUUGAUCAUUGGUACAAGUAUCGGGUCCGGGAUACUUGCUCUUCCAAAGAAAACUUAUCCUGCGGGUUUGCUUCCAAGUUCAAUAUCGUUGACUUUGUGUUGGGGGUUCCUAUUGAUUGAAGCAUUGUUACUAGUUGAGAUCAAUGUGGGACUUCUUAAAAAGAAGAAAACCAGGGUGGUCAAUGAGAAUGAGUUGGAAGUUAUCUCCAUUAGAACUAUGGCUCAAGAGACAUUAGGUGAAUUGGGAGGAACCUUAGCUACUUUGACCUAUGUGUUCUUGGGAUACACGUCGAUGAUCGCCUAUGUUUCGAAAUCGGGUGAAAUUCUGUACCAUUUGAUCAACAUUCCAGAAUCGGUUUCAGGGGUUUUCUUUACCAUGCUCUUUGCAAUUCUGAUAUCCGUUGGAGGAACACGCACCACAGAUCAAGUAAAUCAAGUUCUUACAGUCUCCAUGAUAGGUUUGUUGGUAGCAAUUGAGGUUCUGGCAAUCAUGUUUGGAGGGUGGUCAGGGUUUCAGGGUAAUGGUGAUUGGACAAAAGUUCCGGGAACUAUUCCAGUGAUGAUAUUUUCUUUGGUUUAUCAUGAUCUAGCUCCAGUUCUCUGUGCGUACCUGGGAGGUGAUAUUGGACGUAUAAGGACUUCGGUAAUGCUUGGUAGUGUUGUACCUUUGGUGGGCCUCUUGGUGUGGGAUGUGAUAGCUCUUAAUCUCUCUAGCCAAGCUGAAUCACUCAUGGAUCCUGUCGAGUUGCUUAUGAGGCAAAGAUGGGACGGAAUUGAGAUCAUGGUAGAAGCAUUUUCACUUCUAGCAGUAGGAACAUCACUAAUAGGGACUCUCCUGGGCUUCUCCCAGUUCUUUAAAGAACAAAUAGUCAACAAUAUGACUUGGGAUACUUCUCCGUCACAGAAAUGUAGAGUCGACUUAGAUGGAAUGGUGGAAAGGUGGUGGAAAGGCAACAGAAUUGGUUUCACAGCCACAGCUUUGGUUGUUGGUCCGUCUCUCAUCGUGUCUACUGCUGUCCCAGAUGUAUUCACUGCUGCUACUGACAUCGCUGGAGGGUAUUGUAUGACAAUGCUGUAUGGAGUCCUUCCACCAGCAAUGGCAUGGGCUAUGCAUACUGCAGAGGAACCUGAUAACAGAAAGGGAAUAUCAAGAGCAAAACCAGCCCUACUCGGGGUAGGACUAUUCGCGUGUGGGAUCAUCUUGGAUCAAAUUUUUCUCGAUCUUUCAAUCCUUCACUCCUAAGACAGAUCCGGUAGUAGCAUAGUAUCGACUUUGUAUAUAGUCCCUUAUCAUUUGUAUUUUAUUAUGUCAUUCUGCUAGAAUUUGUUGGCCUUUUGACCAACCUCUAAUCGCCUUAAAUACAACACAUGUGAAUGGAUUAGGGCUUUAUGAAAUGUUUUUUCAAACAAGCAGCAAUAACGAAUUUUUAUUCAAGAACUCAA